AUUUCUCUGUGCUUGCAGAUGCUCUUUUUAUGUGACAAUAAAGCUUUAGCAAUCUAAUGGUACAGUCUUGAAAUUCAAAUUCACUGAGAACAAGGUCAUAUGAAAACCUUGCUUUUUCAAUAUUAAGUACCUAUUAUCAACUUGUAAAUGCAUUGUCAUUUUGUAUUUUCAGACUAGAGUAAACUGUCUUUUAUUCUUGUAUUCAUUCUUGAUUGAUUGUUUCUCCAUUUUAAAUUAGGGUCCCAACCACUGCUCUUUUAGAAGUGACUUCCAGACUUCAAGAUGGAUGCCUACCAAUUGUAUCGCAAUACAACCCUUGGCAGCACUUUACAGGAAACACUUGAUGAAUUUAUUCAGUUCCAGCAAAUACCAACAGAUUUGGCAUUGAAAGUUCUACUGCAAUUUGAUCGUUCCAUCAGCACUGCUCUGGCCACCAAAGUUCGCUCUAGAAUCGGCUUCAAGACAGACAAACUGAACACCUACCGAUUUUGCGACAAUGUGUGGACCUUCUUCAUGUCAGACGUGGAGUUCCGGGAAGUGCAAGACUUCAUACAAGUAGACCGUCUCAAAAUUGUCGCCUGUGACGGGAGAGGAACUGAGGAGAAGAAGUGAAGUUUUAUGGCACCCUCGGAAUGAUUAAGACCUGGCUACACCUGAAUGAUUAAGGAUAAUCACGGUUAUAUAUUCAUUGAAAUCUGCUAUAUAUUAAGUUUCACCACCUGAUUCACUGUUAGAAAUCCAAACUCGGACCCUUAAAGUUACAUAAACCGAUGAACGUAGUUGUGAUGGGUACCUACUAUUGGUCUACAAAAAAUUUCUUAGGUUUUGGGAAACUAGUGUUUGAUCAUCUUGCCAUCAAAUAUCUAAGGUAGCUUUUCUCUGCUUGAUGAGCUUUCUUUGCAUCUGCUGGUCUUCAUCUUGAUUAAAUUUUGAUAAGACGAGCGAAGUUUGUCGGGGUUUUUCUCAAUGACUAAGAACAAUCUUUGGAUAAUUUUUUACCCGCUUUUUCACCCUUUACCGAUUUAAUCCUUUCUUUAAUCAAUGUGAAGUUCUUUAAAUGAAGAAAUUUUCGUUCCUAGCUUGAUGGAAAUUCUCAAUAUGGUAGUAUUGUUACUUGAAUAAUCCAGCCGCCAUUGACAUGUCUUCUUAAGUUAUAAAUAAAGGUAUUUUUCAU